UUAAUGUCAGAUCAUAGUGAGAGCGAAGGAGCACUUGAAUCAAAAUUUCUCCCAGACUCAAAAUUGGUAAAAGUAUUAAGAUCAAAUAACGAAAUACUGUCAAAGUCAAGAUAUCAGAGCCAAACUAUUUCUCCUCAAAAGUCAAUUGGUGCAAGAAGAUCAAAAUAAGUUAAAUAUUAAUUUCGGCUAUACUGAACCUGAAGAAGUAUCUAUUAAGAGCAUAAUAGAGCAAGGAGAUAAUAUACAAUCUUUCUUACCCUUUUUGAAUCAGAAAAAGAGACGUGAAGGAGCAAGCUCUACUAGAAAAUAUGUAGAAAAGCCAUCGAUGUAUAAAACAACUGAUGUUGCAAAUAAUUCUUAUGCGCAAGAAAGUAAAACAAACCAGACUACAAUUUCUGUGAACGAGGAUAUUAAGCCAGUAAAUAUGAGCUCAACGCAUGCACUUCAAGGAAUGACGAACACUUUUGGAGCUUCUAGUACUUCAAACUGCUCUAGAUUUUUCAAUGAUAAUUCUAAAAUAAAGAUCAACGAUGACAUUAGAACUCAUAGAAAGGGAGAGCGAUCCCUCAAUAUCUCAGUCCUCCGAUCAAAUCAGGGAUAUUCCACGCAAAAAAGAGCUAUCCCUAACCUUAAAAGAGUAGGUGAGCUUAUAGACCCUAAGUUACUAUUCAAAGUAAAUGAAGUCUUAAAAUCAUCCGCAAAAUAUAAUACCAAAAUAAAUUUCAAACAUUAUGAACAGCACUGGAAGAAUAAGGAGGAGGAAAUUGACAGGAUAAAGUUUCCCGAAGAAGAAAUAUAUUAUAGGAAGAAACAGAUCAUGACUAACAAAGGAUUCUCGAUGCUGUUCAAUAGCCUCAAGAUUGUCUUCCCUGACUUGUCAAAAACUACCUAUAAGCUGGUCAAUGAGCUAAAUGAAAUAAUUUCCCAUUAUCAAGAAGCCAAUCAAGUUAAUUCCCAAUCAAAGAGAAUGGCAGAACAAAGAAAAUUUGCAAAGGUUAUCUCAGAUUUAGAGAAUAAAAAUGAGAAUCUCAAGAGAGAACUUGAGGAGCUUAAUAAGAAUAUGGCUGAACUCAAGAAAUAUCCUAACAAGAAAGAGUUAAACCAGGCUAUCUCUGAUUAUAUCAACAGUGAAACUAUUGAAGAAUCAAUUAAGAAGAUGAUGGAAAAUGAGAAGCUUACUCAAGAAAAGCCAUCUGUUACAAACGUCAGUACCGUUCUUCAACAAAUCUUCGAGGACCAUAACAAAUUUAUGCAAAUUUACAGUAUAAACAAGCCAAAGGCAGGAGAGAGUGUUCGUUUAAAACAAGAUUCCUUUGAAGAAAUACAAAAAGGAAUCCAGAAUUAUCAAAUGAUCAUUGCUAAGAAAAUAUUUGAGCUCUUUAACAAAGCAAAGGCCGAAGGAAGGAUUGACGACAAAAAUAUUCAAUGAGACCUUCUUGAAGACUUUGAGACACAAAACCAAGAAAUGAUUAAGGUUCUCCAGGAAGAAAUAGAAGAUCUCAAAAGACAAACAGUUUCUGCUGAAAAGAAGGCUGAAUACGAAGAAAAGACCAGAAAAAUUGCAGAAUGAGAAAAGCAAGGAGCCAUAGAUCAAAUUGAGGGCCUUGCCAAAGAAAUAGAAGACCAACGAAAGAGCUUACUUGCGCUUAAAUAAAGAAAACCAUCAUCUAAAAAUGGAGAUAAAGGAAUUAUCAAGCAAAUCUAACAAAAAAGUGCAUAAUAUCAAUAGUUCUAUGACUAUGAGGGAAAAUUUCUCAAGCAAAAAAGAAAGUGGAAAGAUCAAACUAGGCAACAAAUUAGUGGUUAAUACAGGACUCCAUAAGAAACUAACAUCAGUAAAUGUUCCAAAAAUAAGACUUGAUGAAAGCGAUGAUGGCUUCUCUGAUCAAAUUGACGAAGUUGAGGAAGAACUUGAAAUUAUUAAGAAAAAUUACAAAAAUCUCUCAGAGCAAAGAAAAAGGGAAGUUUCUAUAUUACAAAGCAAGAUCGACAGUUUACAAAAAGACAUCAAAGCUCUGAGAUCAGAGAACUCAGAGAUAAAAGUAGCAAAUUCAAAGCUUAGUGAUGCUAAUGUAAAAUUCCUCAGAAAUGAUAGCUUCAGCAUAAGGGUCAAGAAUAUGCAUUCAGGUGACCAGGAUAACCAAAGUGUUAGCAAUGUUUCAGAGAGUGUGAGAAAAAGUAUCUCUCCAAAGAAGAGUCAGUUAGAUAGAAGAAAUUCUAACUCUAAAGACUCUUCUGACUCUCUAAAAUCUAAAUAAAUCACUUAAGAAGAGGAAAUCUGCUAAAAAGAAAGAUGAGAAUUCAGAAGAUGAGAAUUCUCCGCUUGAAAGAACGCCUGAAAUUAAGGUAACUGCUCUUGAGAAAGGGAAUUCUCGAAGAAAUGCAAAUGAUCUAUCCAACUCUGGAAUGAACCUUGCUGAUAAGUCAAUUUCAGGAUUUAGUCCUUCUCCCUCAGCAAGAAAGAAUAAUAUAUCUAUUGGAAAGCAACGGACUCUAGAGAAUUUUUCGAUGAGCAAUAAUUCUCCAGACAAAAAAGUGCCCAAGAGAGAUAGCUCAGAUUUCAGAAUCAAGCCAUCAAAUGAAGUGCAUUUGAAUAAGCAGCAGUUUGAGAGUUUAAAACGUGAAAUCAUCCAUGAGUUGAUGAGCGAGCUCCCUCAGCCAACUAUUGAAAGAUCUUCGGUUCUGGUCGAUGCUCUAUCUACAGAUCAAAGUCAAUUUGUAAAUAAUCAGUCAAGCUUUGCUGAUUCUCUGAGUGCUAAAAUACUAUUCUUGGUCAACAACAAAGAGAUGAUAAAGAAUGCUAAUAUGAAUCUCAAGAGCCAGAAUCAAGAUUCCAGGAUCAAAAUCAAGAAGUCCAACGGAGGUGGGACCAUGAACCGCUUUAAAAAGGAGUAGGCUAACAUAUUUGAACUUUGAAAUCAUCCAAUUUA